AUGCCGCAAGCACCCCCAUUCGCUGGCCCGCGCAAGCGGAGCGCCCGCCAUCAGAGCCUGCGCGCUCGCCAGCACGGCCAGACCCGCAAGCGCAAGCGCGACGACGCUGACGACGGCGACGAGCCCGACGACGCUUCCGACCACGCAAGCUCUUCCGCCGAACACGAUACCCCCUCGACGAGACCGCUCUCCUCCGCCAUCAAUACCCUGACUGCUGCGCAAGCUCACCAGUUCCGCACUGCCGGCCAUGACCCCGAACUUCCCCUCCCGAAACCGCCCUUCCCGCAUGCGCCGGUGUCGGUCAAGCAUACCCGCCACGGCGAACACCAGCGCCCAUUGCGCAAGAACGCAUGCCGUGAGGACAAAUUCACGCCCGCCGAACUACAGCGCGAGCUAGCAGCGCUCCGGCCGCCCUUGUACACCCCGCGCCUCUCUGCCGCCGCGCGUCUUCCGCAGGCUCGUGCCGAACGUCAUCCCCGAGGACCUAGUCUGCCUGGGACCCGUCGACCAGAGUUGGAAUCGGACGACGGCAAUCAUUGGCGACAUCGCUUGGUGCACGAGAAACUAGCGACCAUGCAUCGGUGUCUCCUGCAGGGUGACUACCACCGUGCAGGACUCGUGUGGAAGGAGAUAUUGCAAAUUGGUCGAGGUGCUAUGAAAGUCGAUGAAAGGGUACAUGCGAGAUGGGGGCUCGCAGCCGAGAUGCACUUGAACACCCCGAAGGCCAGUGCGGGCAACCUGUCAGAGGUGCCCUCCGCGACUAUAGAUGAUGCAAACUUCACGGAGGAUGGCUUCAAAGCCGCCCGCCUCUAUUACGAAAGACUGAUCCUUGACCACCCAUUUCGACAAAGCAACCCUAAGGCCACCAGCGCUCUUACUUUCUAUCCAGCCAUGUUUAGCCUAUGGCUUUACGAGAUAUCUCAGGCUUCCCGAGCCGCAAUGACCGCAGCUAGGAGGUCUGAGCUAGAUGGUGAAGACGUUGGAUCCGACGUGGCGUCAGACUCCGAAUUUCUGAAAAGGCACACCUCAGCACGCGAAGUCCGGAUCUUGGCAGUCAGGACUGAUGAACUUCGCCGUGCCAGAGAAAUCGCGGCUCGACUCGAUGAUUUGCUGUCGUCCCCCCAUUUUGACAAGCGUCCUGAACUUCUACACCUACGCGGCAUGAUUGCCAUCUGGAUCGGUGACCUCAUUGCUCAGAACCGUCAAUCCGAAAGGAUUAUAGACGGUCAUACACCAUCGGAAGACGAAUCCGAGAUGAGAGAUGACGCCGAUAGAGAAGAACACACGAACAAGGCCAAAGCACUCUUUCAGCUCGCAAAGACUUUUGGUGGCCGUCUGAGCGACGGAGCAACACAGACCUUGAAUGCUGUGGAGGACUGA